AUGGGUUUGAGCGGAUACAUGGCACCAGAAUACGCAAUGGAAGGAAUAUUUUCAGUAAAAUCUGAUGUCUACAGCUUUGGAGUUCUAAUAUAUGAUUCCAAACAGGCAUGGCGACUAUGGAAUGAUGGCAAAGCACAAGAGUUAAUAGAUAGAAACUUGAUCAGCAAUUGUCUUGUAAGAAAGGUUUCCAUAUGGAUUAACAUCGCAUUGUUAUGCGUUCAAGAAAACCCUGAUGAUCGGCCCUCGAUGUCAAAAGCUACUUUAAUUCUUGGAGGACAAUCAACAGAGAUUACCAAGCCAUCUGAACCUCCAUUCUCUGUUGGUAGAUAUCCCUUGUCCAAUCAAUGCUCAUCUACCAGGGAUGGAACAAAACCUGCAAGUGUAUCACUUACACUCCCCCAAGAAUAG